AUGAAGUUACCGAGUGUUGGAAUAUUGCUGUGCCUCGGCCUCGUCGCCGUCGUGUAUUCCGCAGCGAUUGAAAAGAAGGAAGAUGCGAAGAAAUUGCGCUCUAUAGCGGAAGCUGAUGAUCUCGCCAAGAUCUCCGAAGACGUCGGUGAAGAUUUACUGCGUGACAAAAAAUCACCAACAACAACAUUUUGCGUGGAAAUCAAAUCUGGAGACGACGAGCCAACCAUCGUAGCCUGCGAUCCUGCGAAAAGCGAUAUCCAGCAGCCGAUUCCUCCACAUCUUCCAACGAUUAUUUUACCACCUCCUGAUACUCCUAAUCCUCAUCCUCAUCCUGAACCUCCUCCUCCACAGCCGAUCUACGAACCCAUAGGAAUCAUUUCUCAACCGCAAAUAUUUCCUCCAUAUUAUCCCCCACAGCCUCCGACGUUACCGCCGUGGUAUCCGCAGCCCGUUCCCCAAACGCAAAUUAUAUUCGUCAAAGAUCCCAAUUGCAAUUCCAAUCACGGCUCUAAUCCAAUCCCGAGUCCAUGGUCAACCAUUCCGUCAGGUGGAUACGGGACUAGGCCGAAAUCAGCUAUGGAUUACGAUGGGUAUAAAAACAUUGAGGAUGAAAUGCGUUCAUUCUCGGGAUUACAGCAGUUAAGUAGCAACGGAUUAUACCAAAACCCCCUGGAUCUGAUAUACACGAGACAGGGAACGCGGCCAAAUCAAAAUAAUCCACAAUCGAAUCAGCCUCAAAUUAAUCCACUAUCGAAUCAGUCCCCUCAAUUUAAUCAACAAGCCAAUCAGCCGUCUCAACAUAAUCAACAACCAAAUCAGUUGCCUCAAUAUAAUCAACAGCUGGAUCAACAGAACCGUCCAACGGGAAUUAUGCCACAACCACCAACACCCCACAAUCCAGGACAAAACCAGUUCGACAAGCCACUACUCAUCCAGUGCAAUCCAACGGUGAUUCCGUUGUCACCUGCAGCCUAUGCAGCGGCUACCAACAGUCAGAGUAAUUAUCCUAACUUCAGGACCCUAAUCUCUGGUACUGGAGGAACGGAACCGUCGCAGUUCAUUUAUCAGCCGGCUAUCUCGGGAAAACAAGCGUUGUACACGCCUUACGGCGGACAAGACAGUUCUUACGUGAAAAACGCCCAGUACGAAUCCUACGCACCUGAGGGCAUCAAUUAUCAACAACUUCAAAGUAAUAAGGAUGGCUUCGCACUUGUCAGUGGACAGGGUCGAGCGGCGGAGAAUUCCCAGGGGAUUACGGCACCGAUGGUGAAUCCAGGCCAGAUUCCAAACAUUUCAACAAAGGGAAUGCAGACAGGACCACAGGCGGGGGAAAACGCUCAGCAAUCUCAGUCGAGUCAGCUUACCUCACAAAAUCAAGGAUCGCAAGGGGAAGCAAAGGAGCUGGCUAUGGACCACCAACAGAUCAAAGAUAAGAACAUGGCACAAGUAACGCAAGAUCAAGGAACUCAGAAGCAAGUUGAAUUCAAUGAACAAGGACAUCAACAGGUCGUGCAAAAUGUCCCCGGAAUUCAGCAGCAUCAACCUCAGCAAAAAUCGGUGCACGAUCAACGUAUGAUGCAAUCCUUCAAAUCUAGGACCAAUAUGCCUCAGGGAAAUAUCCUCAAUCCCAGCUACGGGUAUACAGGUAAACGCCAGGCAGACAUUAAGCAUCGCCCUUCGAAGUUUGAGUAGCGAAAUCCAUCGUGGACCGAGUUAAUUUAUUUAAUGUGUCUCCAAUUUUUUACUUUUUAUAUUUAUAUGAUAUGUUAUAUUAUUUUCAAUCCCGUCGGAGAUAUUUGUUCUAUGUAAACCGCUUCAAUGGAAAUAUAAAGAAUGAAAAAUAUUUGAAAAUAUUAACGUG